AUGGUCCGCCCUAGCUUUAUCAUCUCUCUGGCCCUGGCUGCCCAAGGUCUGCAGGCCGCUCCAAGCAAGCCCAGAGACCAGCUUGAACCUCUGGCCGUAGACGCUCAGGAUGCUGAAAUCGGCUAUCCCGUUCAGCUUGACAGGCAGGCCGGAGUAGAUGCCGGAAGCAGUGACGGGUGUCAGCCGGAUAACGUCAAUAAAGGCACCAAGGGAGAUAACACGGCUAAGCGGCCGAUCCCAACGGGUUACCCCACGCAGGACGAAGAGAAAAAGUUCCAGAAAGAUCGCCAACGUGGAAAGACCAAGCACAAGGAUGCCGAGGCGCAGAGGGCUAAGGAGAAGGCUGACCAGGAUGCUGCACGAGAGGCUGCAAAAAAGGCUGCUAUAGAGAAGGAUGCGAAGGAUGCCGAGGAGAGAAAGAAGAAGGCAGAGAGGGAGAAGGCCUUUAAGGAGGUGGAGAAGGAGAGUGAGAGAAAGGAGGCCACAGGGAACCAGAAUACAAAUACGAAUGCCCAAAAAAUCGUCGACGACGGCCAGAAGAACUGCAAGGAGGGAGGACCGGAAAUUGGUUGCAACAAGCCCCUGCCCACCAAGAGUCAAGCUGCUACCAACUAA